AUGAGUCACACAAUUCUUCUACUCCAACCAACAGACAACAUCGAGUCGCGCUCCUGGUCGGAUUACGAGUCCACUAAUGAUUGUCUCGACGGAAUCUGCAAAGUGUACGAGGAGUACCUGAAAAAGAAGACUCCAACACGGGCCACAAUCACCUACGACAUCUCAAACCUGUUCGAGUUCAUCGACGAUCUCAAGGAUCUCUCCAUGCUGGUGCUUGAUAAUCAAUCGUUCACAUACGUCCCACACAACAAGCAAUUCGUCAAAGAAAGCAUAUUCAACUUGAUGAACGAGCGGAUUCGUGAUCGUUAA